UUGUUAGCGGCUAGCUGCGUUAGCAUCGAGCCUUUGGGGUUCACCAGGAAGCGGUGCGACCUGACGUUAUCUCGAGUCACGCAAAGGCGAAGAGCUGUCACACACAGGCAUUCAUGUUAAACCAGUUGUUUCGUAGCUGUUUGGCCCAAAGUCUAAGCUGGUUGAACGUAAAUGGCUGCUCAUAACAACAUUAAACAUAUGAGCAUGUGACCAAGGAUCAGGGUCUACAGCACAUGAUCUGGACAAGUGGAGAAGGCCAACAUCUAUCAGGGGUGAGAUAAAAAGGCUCAACAUUUCAACCCAAAAAGUGAUUCAUUUUAAAGUGGUCGAUCGGGAUUGAAUAGCCAUGACAACAAAGACAUCCCUGCUCAAAGUCAUUCUACUGGGUGAUGGGGGUGUAGGAAAGAGCUCCAUCAUGAAUCGUUAUGUUACCAACAAGUUUGAUUCACACCUUUUCCACACCAUUGGCGUGGAGUUCCUCAACAAGGAACUGGAGGUAGAUGGCCACCAGGUGACCCUACAGAUCUGGGACACCGCUGGCCAAGAGCGCUUCCGCAGCUUGAGGACUCCUUUCUACCGUGGCUCUGACUGCUGCCUGCUCACCUUCAGUGUAGAUGACAACCAGAGUUUUCUCAACUUAGGCAACUGGAAGAAGGAGUUCAUCUACUAUGCAGACGUCAAGGAGCCAGAGAAGUUUCCAUUCGUGGUCUUGGGCAACAAACUGGAUGUGACAGAAAGGCAGGUGUCAUCUGAGGAGGCUAAGCAGUGGUGCCAGGAGAACGGGAAUUACCCCUAUUAUGAGACCAGUGCCAAGGAUGCCACCAAUGUAGCGGUGGCCUUUGAGGAGGCAGUGCGUAGAGUGUUGGCACUGGAUGAAAGAACGGACCACCUCAUCCCCACAGACACAGUCAAGCUCCACAGAAAGCCUCGCUCUGCUGCCACUUGCUGUUCAUAACAUCCAGGAGUUAUCACUAACAUUCAUUUGCUGUCAUGCCUGUUGUGUGAUGAGGCUGUAGGUUUACAAUGCUGUAGUAACAACUUAUUUAAACUAAUUAUACCACUGGCUUUAUGAUUUGUUGUACUGUUGAAGUUUAAUCAUGCUAAUAGUUGGACUUCUGUUUGAAGAGGAGAGGAAACACUAAAUGCAUCUCUAAUUACAAAUAAACAUGAAAUCAAUGAAGCAUCCACGUAGCUCUGCCACAAUAUAAAAGUCAGGCUUUGAAGGAGUAGCAGAAAAAUGUACUAUAUUUUGUGUUGCCCCAAGACCACCUGUGGGGAACUAAAAACAUAGCAAGUUGGAACAGAGGACAAAUAUUUGAGAAGUUUCACUUCCCUCUCAAAUGGUUAAAUGUUCCAUUCUGUCAUGAGGGCAAAUUAUAACGUGACUCUUAAAAUGUGUACUACCUUGGGAGUGAGAUCAUCGAAGGGUUUCUGAAUGUCACUCCUGAAUGAAAUAAUACAGACAGUGAUGGCCUAUAUAUUUAUAUUCAGAAAAUAAUUGCAUAAUUAAAUAUGUUAUACACCCCAAUAGUCUUAUUUCUGUGAAUUAUGAAGUAGCAAGGUCACUACUAUGUGUAACUAACAAAUUCAGGCUUAUCGUGAUUAAUGCACCUUCAGGUAUUGUUUGUGCACAGUCUGCUUAGUGAAUAGAUUACGGCUGUGGGCCAAGAUCCCCAUCAGCAGAUAAAUAUUGAAGCAACGUAAACAUGCAUGGCAUAUGGUGUAAUUAAGUUUCUGGAAACUUUUGUAUUUUGUAAACUGUUUUUACCUUAACAAUCAAUAAUGCCUUGAGGAAAGUGUAAUGAAAGAGCGGUCAUGAUUGAGUGAACAGUUUUCUUCAUUUUUUGGGUUUAUUGUUUUGAAUAAUGAUUUUGAUCUUUAAAGCACUUAAGUAACAUUUUUAACAGUUUGAAGUCUUUCCAACGGCUUAAUAUUUAAAAUGGUGAACCAUUCAUUUACUCUGUUUGUCAUUCACAUUUAAUUUACAUUCAAAAUUGUACUACUGGAAUGCCAAAUGAUAAAUAAAACCCCCAGAGAAUUGUC